UACUGCGCCUUGGGAGAGGUCAUUGUGAGGGGGAACUGGGGCCAUUUACUAAGAACAACUCUGACUGCACAGAGAGCCCUGAUUAUCUGCACUAAAAACCUCCCCAUUAGCGAUCUGCAGACAGUCUCAUUCAUCUGCACAUUUGUUGCUUUUUGCAAAGCUGUCACUUUCUGAAGUGUCCAGGGAUCGUUGAAGGAAUGACAGCCGCUCAUACAUCACGAGUACUUUAUGAAUAGAAGGAGCCAACAAAGAAUACAAAAUGACAACUGCUGGGAUUGCAACACAAAAAACCUCGGUCCCAUUGAAACAUGGAUUUGUGCACAGCGGACAAGGCAUAAUGGGUUCCAAUUCAUGCUGGACAAAUCGUCAUUUUGAAAAUGCAUACACUCUAAGCUGCAGUUUAAGGGCACCUACUCCGCAUAUAUCAGGCAUUGGCCACGUUUCAAAGCCAAUCAUGAAUGGACAUUGCUAUUCUGAAAAUUGCAUGAACGUACAUUUGAAAAAAACAGGGUUUCUUCACCUUGACAUCCCAAUUGUAGAGCAUUUAUCUACAAACUAUGUAGAAGAUCACAUUGUUUCUUCCUUGAAAAAACUAUCUAUGAACAGUGGAUCUAGUCGUGAAAAAACUCCUCCACUUACGCCUGUCAAAAGUGGACCACCGCAGUUUUCUGCCAUCCCUUCACACGAUCGAAGUUCAAGGCCACUUCCUCCCCUUCCAAUAUCAGAAGAUCAUUAUUUAGAUGAUGCAGACAGUGAGGUAGAAUUCAUCACAAGUUCUGAUACAGACUUGCUUUUACAAGAUAAUAGACCGUUAGCCUUUAAGUAUGGAGUUCCAAGCAGGCGAAGCUUCAGGGGAUGUGGACAAAUAAACUAUGCCUAUUGUGAGCCACCAUCUGUAAAUAAACCAGCAGAUGAGAGUCCUACAUCUAACCAAAAUGGACAUACACCCAGCUCAAAACCUCAGAAAUCUGAGCAAAGUCAUAGGAAGCUACGACGAUCUCAUUCAGGACCAGCUGGAUCUUACAAUAAACCUGCAAUUCGUAUAGGAAGCCAUAUAAAUAGGACUUCCCCUAAUUCUGAUGAAGAAAAACCUGAGGUUCCACCAAGGAUUCCCAUACCUCCUAGAUCACUAAAACCUGAUCACAGGAGGUGGUCAGCAGAAGUUUCUUCAAACACGUACAGUGAUGAAGAUAAACCACCUAAAUUGCCACCAAGGGAACCUCUUUCAAGAAGUAACUCUCGUACCCCAAGCCCAAAAAGUCUGCCAUCUUACCUCUAUGGGAUAAUGCCCCCAACACAGAGCUUUGCACCGGAUCCAAAAUAUGUUAGUAGCAAAACUUAUCAAAGGCAAAAUAGUGAGGGAUCUGCCAGUAAAGUCCCUUGUAUUUUGCCCAUCAUUGAAAAUGGUAAAAAGGCCAGUUCUACACAUUAUUAUCUUCUUCCGGAGACCUCCUGCUUAGUGGGGCAGAUCUGAAAUGUACGUUAUGGAAGCAAAAAAGCAUUUUUGUUCUAGUGACGUUGGCAUAUCUUUCACCAAAGUCAGAUGUCGAGAUUAAUCUAGACCUGGUCAACCAUGGAAAGUAUAAAAUUUUUAUGAUGUCGAUUCUCUGAUGUCGUUCAGGUUGUGGCCAGAAUGCCAUAGUAAGGUCACACUAUCUUCAGGAUGUUACUUAAAAUGUUGUACACUGACUUGUAAAGAAAGCUAAAUAAAUACUUCUCCUAUAGAGGAAGUAUGUACAAUAAGCUUCAGGUCCUGCUCUUCUAUUCUUCAAACAAAUAAAGAUUUGAUUGAAACAGAGCUGAAGCCACACUGAGCCUGCAAAUGUCUGCCCCAUUAAUGUACAAGGCCUUCUGUCAUGAAAACCACAUGAUGGAUAGGCAUGGAACUGCUAAGUCAAUGCUGAACAAUUAUUUACUGUGCUUAGAGGAGGGUUUGUGUUGGCCAGGGUUUUUUUGCAGUUACAAAUGAAAGAAAAAGGACUGCUGUGUUUAACAUGGAGCGAUUUUGUGAAGGAAUAGAGCAGUAUUUGUAUAUCCUGCCUUUGUGUUUAACACUUUCUGAUCAUGUUCAACACUUAUUCAACAAUUGUGAAUUUCUCGAUCUGUAUAACACCAUUCUCAAAUUAGCCGUUCCACAAAUGCCCAACAGGCUCCAUAAUGUGCAUCUAUUCUGAAGCUACAGAUACAUUGAAUUUCUAAGAUCUGUCUGCAAUGCAUUUUUUCUUUCUUCCCUUUUUAUGGACAAUUGGCACAUGCUUGCGCCUGUGUUGAAUAGUUUGCAACGUCUGCUCAGUAUAUAUGUCAGAAGGUCCAACGAAAGAAUAAUAUGAAGAAAAUUCAGUGUUCCCCCUCCCCAGUAACGUUUAAAUAGUGUUUAUUCUUAGUUGCCAGUAAAUUCACUCACUUUAGCUGUUAAUUCUGAUUUUGGUUUUUAUAUUCUUUUCUAGUGUAUAAUGAAUAUGUUGCACAAGCUGGACUUGUGUUUCUGUCAUCUAUUCAGUAUUUUGGCUCUUUUCGUAUUCUGUAAGCAAGUCUUUAUUAGCGAGGGCACAUGAACACAAGCAGUAGUUUCAAGGCAUUUCAAACUCUCCUUCUUAAAUGCUUGAGAUUGAUAGUCCCGAUAUAUUCCAGGUUGGAAUUAACAUCCAAAUAUUUGCUUAGACCAAUAACUGAGUGCUUACAGCAGUAAUUGAGGAGUUUGUGUCCAUAUUUGGAGGUGUGUUUCUUGUCUGACUGUGUUUUUGUCUAUAUGAGGAAAUAUUGACUAGUGUAUGACUGGUGAUAAAGAAUGUACUGGGUUAGUUCCCUUUCUAUUAUAAAGACCUGGCUGGUGAUUGUUGUUCAGACAUUUUUUUUUUUUUUUUUUUUUUUUUUAGCCAUUUUCUCAGGUUUAGUUCCAGGAACUAAAAAAAAAUCAUACCCAAAUUAAAGUAUUUGACCUGGUCAGGAACAUUUACCUUUUCGAGAUGCUUUACUGGGCUGGCGUGUGGCUUGUACAGUAUAUGUGUAUUAGUUUAAAAUCAAUAAUUAAGGCAUAUAUUAACUCAUUGAUGGCUAGGGUUGCCACCUUUUCUGGAAAAAUAUACCAACCUUACUAUAUAUUUAUCUUUUUUCCCUAUUCAUAACAUUGGGAUCAACCAUAAUUUUUACCGGGCAGGUGGCAACCCUAUUGAUGGCCACCCUGUGACGCUUGUUCUGUCUAGCUAUAGUUCUUGACGUCCACCAACAGUUCAGCAGCCAAAAGACCGCAGGCUGGACAUCACCAAAUGAUGGGUUCAGGGUUACUUAACGAUGCUAUUAAUUACUGACACUAGAACAUGUACCCAAUGAAGUUUUAGUAAUCUUACAACAUAAGAAACCUUAGUUAGCUUUGUCCAGGAUUCAUUUGCAAGCCAAAUAAAAUUGUUUUAUAUAAAGAUCAAUUAAUCACCUCCCUACUCUAAAGGUGGCCAUAACUGGGCUGAGCAGUGGUGUACCCUACAUGAUUGGCUUAUGGGAUGCUAUGCAGGAGGUCUCACACAAAAAAUAUUAUUCUUUGUGCUUGGGUUUUCUGCCCAGACCUGCAGAAAGUGAAAUGGAGCUCUUUUUCACUUCCUUUCUGCUGACCAAUGGAAAUAUUCCACCAGGACAGAUAAUCCUUGAUCCUGCAGAAUCCUAGGAUUUCUUAAUGGCCUCCAACUUGCCAUACACUCCCAGUUUGGUUGAGAUCAACCAAUGUGUCCAACAAAAUCUGGCCACUUUUAGAGGUCAUUGUAUUUUAACCCAUCAGACAAGUUGAAGGCUUGUUCAUAUAUAUCACCAAUAAUGUGCAUAUGUGCCUUUCUAUAACAAAGCUGCUUGCUUUCAUUAUGUAUUUUCACAGACUGCUAUUUUCCAAUUUUAAUUCAGUGGGAGGCGAUUUUGGGCUGAUUUAGAAGUUUUCCGUCUCAGUCUGUAGAAUGUUGUAACUGAAAUAGAAGAGGUGCUGCUGUCUGAAACAGGUUCAACACUUUAUCUGUCUCUGUAUUCAUUAUCCAGUGAUACCCAUGCUGUUUACAGUUCAAAAACGAUGGUUGUAUAACUGCUAUUUAAGUUGCCAUGUUGUACUACAAACUAAAUGAAGGUAUAAAUGUUAUGCCAGAGUAAAUGCACUGAUAUAACUGCAUAUGUACAGUAUUUGACAAUUGAUUUUUGCUUUUUUUUUUUUUUUUAAUACUGUGUGUUAUGUCUUUUGAAAUUAAUAAAAGUAUAAUAUUUAUGACACAUA